AUGGCCAUGAUUGAAGAAGUAGACGUGCCCAAAAAGCAGACCCGGCAGAAACGAGGCACGCCAGUCCCCCCUGCAUACGCGCGCCCGCCCCCGCUCGUCAAGUACUACCUAGUGCUCUACAACGUCCUCUCCGCCCUCGGCUGGUCCUACGUCCUCCUCAGCACGCUCGUGCACGUCUUCAACCUCGACGGCGCGCACGCCGGCUCGCCCCUGCACGCCUGGUUCGCGCGCCUCCCCUUCCUCCCCAGGGCCCUCGCCUCCAACCCUACCGCCGCCCGCCUCGAGGCGGCGCUGCCCGCGUGGGCCGUCCCCGCGCUGCGCCGCGCGGGCACCGCGUACGCGCGCGUCGGGCGGCAGACGGCGUUCGUGCAGAGCUUCGCGGUGCUCGAGGUGCUGCAUGUCCUGCUCGGGUGGGUGCGCAGCCCGCUCGUGACGACGCUCAUCCAGGUCGCGAGCCGUCUGUAUCUCGUGUGGGGUAUCACUGGGCAGUUCCCCCAGACGCACACGAACCCGCUCUACGCGUCGAUGGUGCUCUCGUGGUCGCUCACCGAGGUCGUGCGGUACACGUUCUACGCAUGCAACCUCCUCGGGACCGAGCCUGCCCCGCUGCUCUUCCUGCGCUACACGUUGUUCUACGUGCUCUACCCGACUGGGGCCUCCUCGGAGGCGCUGCUCAUCUACGCGACGAUCCCGCCGCCGGGGCUCGGCUUCGGACACUCGCUCACGCCUAACUUGUUGGCGGGGGUGCACACGUACGUGCGUCAGUACCUUUUCCUUGUCUGGUGGCCUGGACUGUAUGUGAUGUACACGCACAUGAUGAAGCAGAGGCGCAAGGUCUUUGGUGGCGCGAGCAAGGGGAGGACGCUCGGCGCCAAGCCGAAGUCGCAGUGAUGUCUCAACGGGAUCGGUGCUAUAGCGGGACUUGUCGCUUUGCUUAGAGUACUCCAACAUCUAAUUUCGUGACAUGUAUGCGGCCGUGUGCUACUAUAUGCUCUGCCG